CUCGCAGUUGGCAGGAUGGCGCGGGCCUGCCAGGGAACAUCGAGUCAGGGGACCACUGCCAGGGUUCCAAGGUUGUUUGCCAGUGGUUGGCUGGGACUGUUGGGAGUCUGGACAGUCCGGAACCGGGCUGCCGUGAUGGGGUUCUGUUUCGUGAUGGCCUUGGGCGAUGUUACAGUUGGGCUUGUGAGGACUGCGUAAGCGUACCUACAUACGGCCUCGAAGCCUUGCUUGAGG